CGUGACACUGGGUCAAGGUUCAAAGGCUAUGAAUACACAAAUUUCGCCUCUCAACUCCCUUCUCCCUUCAUCUACUCCCAGCCUAACUAGAUUAGCGAGCUGGCGUACCAACAACCAGGAACUUUAAAAAAAUAGGAUAUUAUUUAUUUUAGUCGGAUGUUUACCAAACGUAUUUACUAUUUUGCAACAAUUGUGUGUAGCCUUUAUUGUCGUUAACUCGUGUUUUCAAGAUCUCAAUUUUCAGAGUUGGGUGAUACAGAAGUCAGUGUUGCAUGCUAGUGAUAGUGCAAAGCUACUAUCAUCACUAUGCCCUCUGACAAUCCUGAAGAUGUUGAGUGCUGGCAAAAGAAAUGUGCUGAGCUUGAGAAUAUUAUUAAAACUUUGUCUACGCACUGCAUAAAAGUUGUAGAAAAACACGAAGAGCUGUUAGUAAAUUACAAGAAAAACCAAGAUCAGUAUAACAUCAUAGUUCAAAAACUGAAAGAAAAGGGAGAUCAAAUUAAAAAAGCUAAAGAUGUUCUGGGCCCAGUAACUCAAGAAUAUGAGGCUCUUAGAGAAAAAUAUGAGAUUGCUGUUCGCUGCCAGUAUGAAGCAGAAAAUUUUGCAUCAAAGGUGAAUAACAAAAACAAAGUCUUGAAACGCCAGAGCCAAAUGCUGCUGGAUAAAGUCAGUGGUUUAAACGUUGUAGAGAUGAACUUUGAAGAUGAAACUGAUAACGUUGAAGAAAAUGAGUAUAUCAAAAAGCUAGAUCAGCAAAUUGAAGAUCUUGAGGAUCAGAAAAGUUCCUUGAGUGUAGAGCUGAAAGUUCUGAAGGAAGAUUAUGAAAUAGAACGAAGUGCUAAUGAAAAGCUUAGAGAGCAAGUAGAGUCUUUAAGAGGAGAAUUGAGCCAUGCCAAGAAAAACCUUGUCAUGCAAGAGAAGACACUGCAGCAACUGGCUAAAACUUCUGAAGCUGCUUACAGUGAAUACCAAAGUCUGCAGGAUCAGUUUGAAAAAGAGAUAACAAGCCGCACAACAGUUGAAAAAUUGGCUCAUAGUUUGUAUGCAGAAAGAGAGGCUGCUAGACGCCAAAGUGCCAUGCUGAUGAAGGACAUUGGCAACCAACACAAGCUGAUGGAAGCUUUGAUCCAGGUGGAAGAGCUGACAACAACAAUGGAAACUAUAAAAGCUGAUUUAAAUUACAAAAUUCAACUUUUGGAAUCAGAGCUCCAGUCUCAAAAAGAAAGUUCAGGACAAACCAGUUUAGAAGAAGAAAACAAUAACCUAAUACAGGAGAGAGAUUUACUUCAACAGAGACUAGAGGAAACAGAGAAGUUAUGUGAACAGCAAAGGUCACAAUAUGACAUGAUGAUGAAGAAAUAUGCGGAACUUGAAAAUAAAUACAACUAUGCAGUGGCUCCUCCCCCACCUCCUCCUCCUCCACCUCCACCAAUGAGCAAGGCUGGCGGUUUCCUUUCCAAAAUUACUGGUGGUGGAAGGAAAAAGCAAAGGGAAUUAGCCCAAAAAAGACUACAAUUAGGAGGUGCACCUGUCAAUGCUGACUAUAAUAAAGCAGUUGAGGAAAUGAUGAAACGUAUUCAGCAAGGAAAUAUUGGAUUAAGGCCUGUUUUGAAAAAAAGAACGGCACAAGAAACUACUUCUUUGCAAUCCUGUCCUGAAGAGGAUGAAGGAAGUGCUAUGAAAGAGCUCCAAGGCAUACUUACUAAAAUGAAGAAAUCAAGAAGUGAAGAAGACCUUUUGGUUUUUGAUACACCAACAGUUGAUGAAAAAUCAGAAUUGGGACAGGCUUUCCUAAAGAUACAAGCAAAACAAAGUGCUCCAGGAAGUGAUAAACCGAGACCAGCUCCUCGUAAGCUAUCUGUAAUAAAAGAUGAAGAAGAACAGUAAAUUAUUUGUUAAAAGCAUUUCUUUUUCAUGAGUUGUGUUGUGAUGAGAGAAAACUACAACUUCGAUUCUAAACAUUUUUCAUUACUUUUCACUGAAAUUAAAUAAAUAUUUUUCUAAACC